AUCGUUCUCUCUCGGUGUGAAAGCGGCUCGAGCUCUGACAGCCUCUCCCUCCAUCCACAGCUGAUGAGGCCGCUGAGGGUGUGGAGGACACCGGGCAGGGACACCGACCGUCUCCGGUCAAUUCACCGAACACUGAAACCGGUCGACGAGAAACAAAGAUCGCUUCUGAUUUCUCGUGUUCCGUGUCGGAUUCCACCGGGUGCAGCUGCUGCAGCGGGGGAGAUGCUGCAGCCUGCAGGGAGGCGUCAUUGAUUUGAAGGCGUUAAAACACAAACAGGACUUUCACGGAGAACCGGGAGGAUUCUAAAAACCGGAUCGAUGUGUCAUCACAUGUCCGAGAGGAAGUGAAAAUGUGACCCUCAGCAACAUCCGCCUCUCCGCCUGGAAAUCAUCUCUGAAUUAAAGCUUCAGAUCACGUUUUCCAGUCAGCGUGACACCACGAGAUUUGGAUUUUUCUUCUCGCUGCAGCUUCCUCGUUUUAUCUCCAUCAUGAAGUUCUCCGGAUUUAUUUGUGUUGAAAACAUGAAACUAAGAAUCUGAGCACUUGUGACUUUGAUACAAGGACUGAUAUUAAUGUUAAAAAUCUAAUUUUAAACUUCAGAUUUGAGAUUUAAACUUUUUUGUUGACAAAAAAAAUCCCCCCAGGUCUUUAGAGUUGCUGAGCUGGAGUUUUUGGCCAGAUCACAUAUUCUCUUCCUUUACAUUUUCAGUCUAAAAAAUGUAAACAAAUAUAUUUUUAAAUGAGAGCAGAUGGUGAUCUGACACAGGAAAACUAAGGACGGUGGCUUUGGAGGGACAAAAACACAUUAAAGCAUCUCUGAACAAGAAAAGGAACUCUUGAACGAGAUUUUGACGUUUCAGAAAUUUAGUAAAUUUAAAAAAAAAAAAAUCUUAGGAGGAAGACGCACCUGAAAAACGUUUGAACCGCCAUCCAAAGAAACUGUCGCACCUUUAUAGACAACUCAACAUUUAAAAGGUGACGUCACUUUGUGCGAUGUUGGACCCGGUGAAGAUGAAGGAGUCGUGCAGGAUCUGCGCCCGCGAGCUCUGCGGCAACCAGCGCCGAUGGAUUUUCCACCCGGCGGCCAAGGUGAACCUCCAGGUGCUGCUCUCCCACGCUCUGGGCCGCGAGCUGAGCCGGGACGGGCGCGGCGAGUUCGCCUGCUCCAAGUGCACCUUCAUGCUGGACCGGAUGUACCGCUUCGACACGGUCAUCGCCCGCGUGGAGGCGCUGUCCCUGGAGCGCCUCCACAAGCUGCUGCUGGAGAAAGACCGGCUCAGGCAGUGCAUCGGGGGACUGUUCCGCAAGAACAACGCCGAGGAGGACGGGAAUAACGCGGGACAAACCGGCGCCGUCAUGGAGGUCAUAGUGACGGAGGCGGGGUCUGAGGACUCUCCUGUGGUGGAUCUGUCCGCCCUGCAGGAUGUGAGGUACUCCGACAUGAUCCAGGACGACCUCACCUACUCUGUGUAUGAAUCCUGGGCCGAUAAGGAGGACGCCACCCCGGAGCAAAACACCCACCAGCACCACCUCCUCCACUGCCCCGCCGGAGACGCUCUCCCGGGGCAGAAGCCGCGGCGCUGUAAGGGGUGCGCGGCGCUGCGGGUCGCUGAUUCCGACUAUGAGGCGGUGUGUAAGGUGCCGCGGAAGAUCGGGCGCAGGAGCACAUCCUGUGGCCCGUCUACACGCUACUCGCCGUCCAAUCAGGGAGCGGAGGAUGCUGCUCGAUCCUCUGAGGCGUCUGACACCACCACGGUCGCCUUCGAGUCCUCUUUAGCGGACACCGAUAAGACCCUGUGUGACAGGACGACCCCCAGCAUGGCGUCCUCCGUAGAAUCUCUGGAAACCGCCGUGGACGCGGGCCGCACUCCGGUGAACCCCAAAGAGAGAGAAGAAGACGCAGAGCCAGAGAAAGAUCCAGAGGAGGCUCCAGUGAGGAGGGAGCCUCUGUGGGACCGUCCCCCCAGUGAGAGCUCCCUCUCUGGGCUGGAGGGGACGCUGACCCUCCUGAGGAGUCUGGAGUACCGGCCGGUGAAGACUCGGAGGGGCAGCCGGCUCCCCGUCCUGAUCAAAGCCAAAGUGGAGCAGAGUGUGUCGCUGCACCUUCCCCUUCAGCCGAGGUCGCCCUACGGAGGGGCGGCGGACUGUUACCUGUACCCUCAGCAGCAGGUGACCCCAGAGGUCGUGACCCCGUGCGCCCAGCAUGAGCUGCAGGCGGAGCUGGCAGAGAUGGAGGAGCAGUGGAUGGAUGAUUAUAUUCAGUGUGGGCCGUUUCGCUUCCAGCAGAGGCUGAUUGAUGAGCAGCAGGGUCAGCUCGGUCAGUACGAGAGCGCUGCGGGUCAGUGUGUGGGCGAGCUGCAGAAAGCCCAGGAGCAGGUCCGCUCGCUUCAGGCCAAGAUCAGAGAGAGCGAGACCAGGAACCAGAAGCUGCAGAAGCAUCUGGGCGACAUGGAGCUGGAGCUUCGUUCAGCUCAGGAGGAAGCGCAGAGACAGGAGAGAAACAUCCAGAACAUCAGUGACACAGCUAACUCCAAAGACGCACAGGCUGCAGAGCUGUGUCGCGUCAUCGAGGAGCAGAAUAAGAUGCUGUGUUCCCUCAAAGAGUUCGCCAGCCGCAGCCAGCUGCAGCAGCUGCAGGUUUCGGGCACAGAGAGUAUCCGGGGUCAUGGCGAGGUGCUGGCCCUGCAGGCGUCCCUCUUCCAGGCUCAGCUGGAGCUGCAGGCCGGCCAGCGCGGGCAGAGACAGGCAGCCAGGACGCAGGACGACCUGAAUCGUGCCCUGCAGAGGCUGGAGAAGGACCUGCAGGGGGCGCUGCAGCACAGGAGGGAGACGGAGAGACACAGCCAGGACCUGCAGCUGGCUCUGGAGACGGCUCGAUCGGCCCUGCAGGAGAGAGAGGAGCAGCUGAGAGAGCGAGAGCAGGAGAGACAGAGCGAGGACGAGGAGAGAGAGAGGACCAUCCGAGAGCUGAAGACGUCUCUGCUCAGCAAAGAGCAGCUGAUUGAGGACUGUGAGCUGUUGGAGGAUCCGAAGGAGAAGAGAGACUCUCUGCUUCAGAAACUCCGUCAGCGAAUCAAAGAGAGGGACCGAGCUCUGGAGCGAGCCGUGGACGAGAAGUUCCGCUGCAUGGAGGAGAAAGAGGAGGAGCUUCGUCGUCUGCAGCUGCUGCUCAGAGAGAAGGAGAGAGACCUGGAGAGGCAGCGCUGCGUGCUCACCAACAACGAGGAGACCAUCACUAGCCUGGAGGUGCUGCUGCGAGGUAAAGCUCUGGAGCUGGAGCAGGUGUGCGACGCCUGGAGGAGCGUGCAGCGUCAGCAGCAGGAGAGCGGAGAGAGACAGAGCCGCGCCCUGAGAGAGAGAGACGGCAUCAUCAGCCAGCUGCAGGGGGCGCUGCACGCCCGCACGCAGGAGGCUCAGGACCUUCGCUGCUCCCUGCUCGCUCAGAUCCAAUCAGCUCCCAGCGACGUCCUGGAGGAGCUGAAGGCCCGCCUCCAGCUCAAGGACCGCCUCUUCCAGGAAGUGCUGGCCGACCGGACCCGGCAGGCCCAAGACCACCAGGAGCAUGUCCAGGAUCUGCUCCAAACCAUCAGCUCCAGGGACCAGUACAUCCAGGACUCUGCGAGCCGGCUCGACGAGGUGAUGACGGAGCAGACGGCGAGGCUCCAGGAGCUCCGCAGACAGCUGAGCUCAGGCGUGGGGUCGAGGCGUGACUCAGGGGCGGACUCGGCGGUGGAGAUCCAGGCGCUGCAGGAGGAGCUGCGUCUGUCUCUGAGGAGGGAGAGGGAGAGCCACGAGCUGAGCCGGAGUCAGACUCACAGCCUGGAGUCACUCAGCCGGACGCUGCACGGGAAGGAGGAGCUGAUCAAGGACCUCCAGAGGCAGAUGGUGGACCCCUCGGCCCUCCCUCUAGUGGAGCGGUUGACUCAGGAGGUUCAGGAGCUGAGGGACAGCCUGUUCCAGCAGGAGGCGCCCCCGGCCAGGGGCCCCGUUCUGGGCCGCGACCGAGCCGGCAGCAGGCAGCCUGAGUUUGGAGAGCUGAGCUCAGAGGAUGAAGACGAGGCUGACGAGGAUUUGAACAGCGAGUACACGGAGAGCGUCGAUGAAGACGAGUCCAAACCGAGGCUCCAGACCAAGGCUUCUGGAAAGUCCCCGUCCUCUGAUCUGCUGUUUGAGGGUCAGGGGCUGGUGGAGGUCAAACAGCUGGUGGAGCAGAAGCGGGUGGUGGAGAGAGAGCUGGGGGAGCUGAAGGCUCAGCUGGAGAAGGCCGGCUUCUCCUCCCUCUCACAGAUGAGGAAAGCUCUGUUCAGCCUGCGAGCAGAGAACGAAGAUUUAAAGCAUCACCUGCAGCCUGACAGGAAGCAGAGUCAUGAACAGAAGGUGUUGGAGGGAGAAGAGGAGGAGGCAGAGGAGGAGGCAGAGGAGGAGCUGGAUGUGACCAUAGAGGGGGUGGAGGAGGACGAAGAGGAGGAGGAGGAGGAGGAGGAGAGCUCUGGGAUCUGGGACGCCUGGGAUACCGAGAUGUCUCUAUCACAGCAUGAUCAGAGCGCCACCAACAGGCCGGCGUCCCUGCAGCUACUCAACAACUCCUCACAGGACGGUGCAGACAGCGAGCUCUCGGCAGCUCAGUCCUCUGUGAAGUGUGAGAAGACGGUUCGUCUGCAGCAGAAGAGCGAAGAGCUGCGUGAGCGACUGAUGGUGUCUGAAGCCACGGUGCAGGCUCAGGCCGAGCAGCUCAAAGACUACAGAGAGCUGCUCACGGAGACAGCGGUGAAGCAGGACAGUAAACAGAUCCAGGUGGACCUGCAGGAUCUGGGCUACGAGACCUGCGGCCGCAGUGAGAACGAGGCCGAGAGGGAGGACACCAGCAGCCCAGAGUUUGACGACCUGGAGAUGUGUACGUCUCUUGACUGCGGCUCUCAGUGGUGGCCGGUGACGAGCAGCAGCAGCAGCUCCACCUUCCCUAAAACCGCCACCCAGAGCUCCGGAUUGGUGGAGGACACGUCGUCGCUGCAGCGCCUGGUGGAGGACCUCCGCUCCCAGCUGUCCCGCUCUCAGGCGGUGAUCCGCGGGCUGCAGAGCCGCCUCCGCUCCCUCUCCACCUCCAGCGACUGUGGACCCUCCACUCCGAGGAAAGUCAACUGGUCCUUCCAGCCGUCGUCCUCUCAGAGCGGGGCGGAGGAGGACGAGGGCUGGCAGUCGUCUGACGGAGGUCCUCUGGCUUCUCCGCGUCACCCCCGCCCUGACAGAGGCCUGCAGGAGCUGGUGUCCCGAGUGGACGCUCUGGAGGAUCAGCUGAGGAAAGAAGGCAAGAAGUCGGUCGGCACCGAUGCAAAAUCUGCAACCUGGCCCGGUAAAUUCGACACUCUGAUCCAGGCUCAGGCCAGAGAGCUGUCUCACCUCCGCCAGCGUCUGAGGGAGGGCCGCGGCGUGUGUAACAUCCUCACCCAGCACCUGGGCGACACCACCAAGGCCUUCGAGGAGCUGCUGAGGGCCAACGACAUCGACUACUACAUGGGCCAGAGCUUCAGGGAGCAGCUGGCUCAGAGCGGGGCGCUCGCGCAGAGAGUCGGCGCCAAGAUCAGCGGACGAGAUCACACUGAAGAUCCAGAUGAGAAGACAGAGCUGCUCGCCAUCCAGCUGAGUAAGGAGCUGCAGCAGAAAGACAAAGUCAUCGAGUCUCUGCGCGCUAAACUCAACCAGCAUCACACCCACCACCAUCCUCAUCGCUCUGACACGCCCUGCAGCGGCCGCGCCCUCUCGGACACCACUGACCAAUCGGAUGAUCGCAUCUCCUACGUGUCCGACGAGCGCUGCUCACCCAACGAAGACCUGGAGCUCUGCUCUGAUGUGGACGCUGCCAGCGAGCUCGGUCAGAAGGAAACACAGACGUCGUUGUCGUCUGCCAGACUGAGCACGGAUCACCUCUCUCACAGCGGCUCCACCUCCCAUCACCCGUCUGCCCCUCCAUCCAUCACCUCAUCCCACAGAUCCCCGUCCUGCCUCAGCUGUCCCAGCAUGCAAUGCCCCAACUCUCCAUUUAAACCUGCAGACAUGCAGAGUCACACAGCUCCAGUCUUCACCUUUCAGCCUCCCCUGUCCUCAUCCCACACUCAGAGGGUCCCUUUGCCCCUCCAUCCUCACCCCACGCCCCUACGGAGCUCGUACCAAGGCGGCGGGGGAGCAGGUUUCUCCCUGGCCGAGGUGCAUCAGGAGCUGCAGAUGCUGCAAAGGCAGCUGGGAGACACGGAGAGGUUUUCGACCCCUCAGUCCAAACCUCUCCAGGGUUUCCCGUUCGCUCACCAGCAGCCCGACUCCUCCUCCUUCCUCCCGCUCUCCUUCCACGGAUACCAGCCGUCUCCGUUCAGCAGCGCCACCAGCAGCAGUCUGGAAGCCAGCAUGGCGAUGAAGGCCGGGGCCAGUCUGCUGGAGAGCAGUGCAUUGUGGGAUAUGGGCUAUGGACCUAGACCAGUCAGACUGGGAGCUGACCUGUCUUCAGGAUCGUCUGGUUACCAGUCAGGCACCAGUAACACAGGUUCCGACCUGAUGAAGGAACACCUGAGGGAGAUCAGGAGUCUGAGACAGAGACUGGAGGACUCCAUCCAGACCAACGACCGCCUCCGUCAGCAGCUGGAGGAGAAGCUGGCACGCACCACCACAGAGAAAGGUGCUCCUACCAACAUCUACAUCCAGGGUCUGGACUCGGUCAGUCAGCUCUCCAGUGAGAUCAGACUCCUGAAGGAGGAGAACGUCAGUCUGCAGAACCAGCUCAAACAAGCCACCAGAGAGGGCAGUAAGGAGGCGGAGCAGCUGAGGGAGGCGUCGCUCCUGGACCGGGCAAGGUUAAAGGAGGCGGAGCUAGAAGCUGUGAGGUGGGCAGAGCAAAUCAGGAAGCAGCAAAGUGAGGAUGAAGCCCGAACUCAUGAGAUUUCACAGCUGAAACAGGACAGACUGCGGAACCAGGAGGCCGUCAACAGACUCCAGCAUGAGGUGAGCGUCCUCCAGCAGCAGCUUUCUGAGAGCCGUAGUUUGGUCCACGGUCUUCAGUGUGAGCUGCAGGUGUACCACAGAGUGUGUGGAGUCCCUGCAAACACACACACAGGUAAAGCCGGAGACGGCGACCAUCUGGGACACAGCAGUGCGGCGUUUGACCCCAAAGAGCUGCACAGUCAGCUGGAGCAGCAGCUGAGCAGACAGAGCGACGCGCUGCCUCGGUCCAGGAGGAAACUCUUCAACGAUAACGUCCCCUCGCCGCCCGUGAGAGACACUGGACUCGUCAGCCCGUCUUCUCCUCUGCACACCGCUCAGAAACACAAAGAAGAAGCUGAAGACAAUCAGGCCUCGACUCUGCAGGGUCAGGCCCCAGAUGGCUCGUUCGCAAACCGUCAUGGCCGACACGCAGUGGGCCACAUUGAUGACUUCAAGGCUCUGCAGCAGCAGAUCCUGGAGGGAUGCGCCCUCCUCCGAAAGAUGGAGGUCGGCCUGAGUUCUCUGAACGCGGCGCAGGAGUUCAGGCUUCAUCAGCUUUCAGAUUCAGGUUCUGUCAGGAAGCUGCUUUCUGACGCUAAAACCCUCCGACAGAUCCUGGAGGAGUCGGACUCUCUGCUCCGGAUGUUCUGGAGAGCUGCUCUGCCCGACAAAAGUGAAACCAAACAGGAUCAGUCUCUGAGGGAGGAGGUCGUCUCUCUGCAUCUGAGGCUUUCCGAGAAAGAGGAGGCUCUAAAGGACGCCAUGGAGAGAGUGAAGAGCUCCAACCUCACCAAAGAUAGCAUGGAGCACUUUAUAGUCAGCCAACUGUCGAGGACCCGGGACGUGUUGAGGAAAGCAAAGACAAACUUACAGGAGAACCAGCUCAGGAUUUCCUCCCUGCACCGCGCCCCUUUCACUACUCCCCCUUCCCCUGCCUCCUCUUUUCCAUCCUCCCUCUCCUCCUCCUCCUCCUCCUCCCCCUCACACCCCUGGCUCAGCAAAGGUGAAAACGCCGGAGGCUUCUGUGAGCUCGCCUUCUCUCCUGGUUGGGGUGUCAUGAGGCCUCUGACUUCCUCCUCUUCCUCUACUGUCCAGGGAGCAGCGCAUCACCACGAGCGCCUCCUGCAGUCAGUGCUCCUGUAG